AAAAGCAGCAGUCAUAACUUACCGCUUUAAUUUCAGCAACGCCAACAUCUCGGACACUCAUUGUACGACUUCUGUUUACGUGACAAGACUUUGUCACAUGGCGGGUCUUUGGAGAUCUUAUCAGCUGCUGAUAGCCAAACGUCCAUGGACAGUGCAGAUUAUAACUGCGGGCUCUCUGGUGGGUGUUGGUGAUGUCAUCUCCCAGCAGCUGAUUGAGCGCCGUGGACUGGCCAAUCACAGCGUGAGACGCACCGCCAAGAUGAUGAGCAUUGGCUUCUUCUUCGUCGGUCCAUUGGUCGGUGGAUGGUACAAGGUGCUGGACAAACUUGUUACUGGUGGUACUAAAAGUGCAGCUCUGAAGAAAAUGCUGGCUGACCAGGUGUGCUUUGCUCCGUGUUUCUUGGGUGCUUUCCUGGGAAUAUCCGGAGCGCUCAAUGGACUGACUGUGGAGCAGAAUGUGGCCAAACUCAAGAGGGACUACAUGGAUGCCUUGAUCUCCAAUUACUAUCUUUGGCCUCCAGUCCAGAUAGCCAAUUUUUAUUUCAUCCCUCUCCACCACAGAUUAGCUGUUGUUCAGAUCGUGGCUGUUGCCUGGAACUCUUACCUCUCCUGGAAAGCCAAUAAGAUGUAACGAGAUGUUCCAGAUCUUCCACUACCUCACACAUGGGAUUUUUAUUUAAUUUUUUUAGCAGUUUAUCUUUUACAAGUACAUAUAGUAACAUACUCAUUCAGUUUACAUAGUAGCAUAAAGCUAACAAAUGUAGUUUGGACAACAAAGGUCAAAGUAGACAAUAAUGUAAUUCAGACUUUUUAUUAACAAAAUUAAUGCUAUGUAAUAUUUGUGAUUAUAGAUUAUGUAAAGAAUGUAUAUUGAUUCUAUACAGUUGAUUUACUGUAUAUGUCUAUUUUACCAAAGUUUUGAUGGUGAAUUAUGCUUUAUCAAAGGUAUAAUCAAUAAGAACAGCAGGACUGUAUGUUACAAAAUAUGUCUAUUUUUUUUCUUUUUCUUUUUUCUUCUGUGGUCAUGUGAACUCACGGAUGUGACGUAUAUUACUGGGGCAUUGAAUAAUAUGUCAAUACACUAAUGUGAAUAAAAUACAUCUUUUACAA